UUCUUCUCUUCAGCUCUGAACCGAAAAUGGAGUUCCUGGACGAAGAUGCGAAGCCCAGGUUCCUCUUCCACUCUCGCGCCAAUCCAUCUUCGGCGACGGAGCUCCAAACUGAAUCUCAAUCCAGCAAGCUCUUUGUCUCAAUCACCGUCGUAAUCUCUUCCAUUUUUCUCAUUCUCUCAAUUUUGUUCGUUCAAUUCGAACCAUUCAGAUCCCUUCUCAUCUGGCUUUCUCUCUCGCUUCUUCUCGGCCCUUUCGCCCCAAUUUCCCUCACCGGCGGCGACAUUCGUGUCGGUCGAGGUCCGAUUCUCGAAAUUCCCAACGAAGAACCCGAAGUAGAGGACGAUGCCAAGAAGAAACCCGUUCAAAAGCGCUCAAAACCGCGUAGAUCCGAGGAAAUCGCGGUUGGCACAAUCGAAGUUGCUGAAAAAGCCUCUUCAAAAAUUGAGAACAGGAAUGGAGGAGUUUAUCAGAGUAAUAAAAAUGGAGUCGAUUUUGCAAUCGAGGAGGCAGAAUGGGACGAAGCGGAAUUAGGGUUUUUGAAGAAGCAAUUGACGAAACAUCCUGUGGGGAAACCGAGACGGUGGGAGAUAAUUGCAGAGGCGUUUGGUGGAAGGCAUAAAGUGGAGAAUGUGAUUAAAAUGGCUAAGGAAAUGGGAGAGAAGAAAUUAGGCGAUGAGGAUUCGUAUGCUCAAUUUCUGAAGAAGAGGAAACCAAUGGAUAAGAGAAUUGAGAACGUCAAUGAAGAAGGUGCCACCGCUGUCGUCGACGGUCAGGUCGCCGGUUGGUCUUCUGGUGAAGACAUUGCAUUGCUCAAUGCUUUGAAAACGUUUCCAAAGGAUUCGGCAUUGAGAUGGGAGAAAAUUGCAGCUGCUGUUCCAGGGAAGACGAAGGCAGCUUGUAUGAAGAGAGUUGGGGAAUUGAAAAGGGAUUUUCGAAAUUCUAAAGCUGCUAAUGACAUCUGAGAGAAUAGAAAUGGAGUUUAUCAAAGAUCAAAGAGCUUUCUCCCAUGGAAUCAGAGGAACAAAGCUUCUUUGAAAAAUGAAUCAGCAGAGAGAUCAUCACAGAACAAAACAAGAAGCAUUCAACUUAGAGAAAUACAAAAUAUAAACUUACCGUUGCUGGUGGUGGACGACUGGCGAGGCGAUGUUGAGAUGGAUGAUGAAAGGGAAGGGUCUACAAGAGGCAAAGAAGAAGACAUGAAUGUUGAUAGAGAGAUGUGUUGAUAGCGGAAGAUUGAGAUUGAAUGAGACGCACUGUCAACUGCAGGUUGAAGAAGACGAACUGUCGAUCUGUCAAUCGGUAUAAAGUUGAAGGAGAAGUAGAGGCUCGGGCUGCUCUUUGAGUAUGUUGCCGAUUAAAAGUUGAAGGAGACGUAAUCUGAACAAUUGUUCUUGAAAGAAACACUAAAAUGAUAGGUCGGUUCAGUUUAGGUCAAACUGAAUUUUCUCCCCUUGAAUCAAAGAGUUGCCGGUCGAUUCCUUAAACACCUAAUCCAAUCCAACUCUUAUGAUUUAGUUUGGGUUGAUCAAAUUUUUCGAGUUGUCGAGUUUUUUUUAUAUCAAAUGAUAUCCAUAUCCUCAAAUAUAUGUAGGUUGGUAGGAAGAUUUCUAA